AUGAUUUUUGAGUCAGAAUUUGACUUCUUAUUGUUACGGGCAUUGGUGGUUUUUGACGAAGUUUUUGUGCUGCCAGGAGUUUUCAAGUUUUGCUUCUUCUUUUGUGCGGAGAGACGCGUGGUUGUAGUGGCUGUGGUUGAGGAAGCUUUCGCGUCAGUGGAACUAGGAGUUUUACUCUUUGGAAUAUCCAUUG